AUGGUCGGCAUGCUACCAGUCCUCUUGGCAGGACUUGUGACCAGUGUAUACUCUCAGCCAACAAAAGGAACCCAGAAGGAUGCACAAUACCACAGCAACGCUGGAGUUUUAAAAUUCGUCAAUCCCCUUAUAGGCACAUAUGGAACUACACCAAAUGGCAACGGCGGCAUGAUCCCAUCCGUCUGUCCCCCCUUCGGCAUGACCCGCUGGACACCCCAAACCCGCGAGAAUUUCAUUUCGCAAGUGCCCUACGGUGACAGCGACCGUCUCAUCCAUGGUUUCCAAGCCACGCAUCAGCCAGCUAUCUGGAUGGGCGAGGCUGGUCAGGUUGUAUUGACCCCGGGAAUGGGUGAAGUGCAGCCGCUGUUCCAGAAUCGGGGCUUGGAAUUUCGGAAAAGAGAUGAAAGGAGUACGCCGUACGUCUAUGAGGUACUUGUUGAUGCUACUCAGCGAUUCAACCAAAACUGGAAUGCGACAGCUGAGGCUGUUGGUGAUGGGCCUGUGCCGGGUGGUGCGGGUGCAGUGCCAGAUGAUGUGCAGCAGGGUGCCAAUGGGCGGACCCGGAAACGUGAGGUGGACUCUGUGCCGCUACGAAGUAGUGAUGGUGAUGAAUAUGAGCGGUCGAUUCAGGUUGCUAUGUCUGCGGAUUCUCAUGUUGGCCAUCUUCGAUUUGACUUUAAGUCAAGCAGCACCGAUACAGAUAGCAAAAAGGAACCAUGGGUGUUUAUUCAGGCCUCUCGCCGGAAUUGGACAGGCGCGGUCCACGUUGAUCCAAAAAGGAGGGAGGUUUACGGUCAUACCACCGAGCGCCAGGAUUAUCUUCUCGGACCGGAUAAAGCACAGUCAUUCAGAGGGUACUUUGACUCAUUUACGGAAUAUGGUGUGACAAAUGGCGGCUCUGUGACGAAGGACGCAACCGAGCGACAUGGGAACUUCACCGGAGCAUAUGUGAAGUUUGCUGACUCCACAGCGCGUGUGGAAGUGCGUAUUGGAGUUUCAUAUAUCAGCAUCGUACAGGCACGGAAGAACCUGGAUAUCCAGACUCCUGAUGAGUACACAUUUCAGGAUACCAUUAAGAAAGUGAAAGCAGCAUGGCUUGAGAAGUUAGGAAGAGUAUCCAUCCAGGGAAUCAACAAGACUGAUCCGGAACAUGAUCCCCGUACUAUCUGGUAUACCGGCCUUUUCCAUGCACUGCAAUACCCAAACGACUUCUCAGAACCAACAUCGAAGGAAGAUGGUGCCCCGCGUGUGUUUUACUCAGGAUAUACCGACAGUUUUCACACCGAGAAUGAUUCAUACUACCAGUCCUGGUCCAUUUGGGAUACAUACAGAGCCGAACACUCCCUCCUGACUUUGUUUGCCCCGGAGCGUGUCAACGGCAUGAUGCGCUCGUUGCUGCGCAUAUUCGACUGGACUGGUUGGUUGCCGAUGUGGGCCAAUUUGGUCGAGACGAAUAUUAUGAUUGCAACAAAUGCAGAUGUGGUGCUGGCCAACGCGUUAGAGCGGGGAUUUAAAGGCUUUGAUGUUCAAAAAGCCUGGCAGGCUGUCAAGCAAGAUGCAUUUACUCCACCUGAGAAUGAUACUGAUACUCUGUACUAUGACCGCGAGCCCGGCACUUCUUACGAGGUACGCGCUGGGCUUACUGCGUACAUGAAGCAAGGAUGGGUGUCGAAUGAUGGCUGGUCUGAGGCCGGGAGUCGCACAUUGGACUAUGCAUUCAAUGAUUACGCCUGUUCAGUAGUUGCUGCCCACGCCGGAGAAGACAAUGACACCGUGGAAGCCCUCCGCAAGCGAAGUGCAAACUUCGCGCAUCUUUGGAGCAACGAGACACAAUUUAUGCGAUCUCGCAAUGCGAACGGUACUUGGGCAAACAAUACCUUUGGAUGGACAGAAGGCGAUGACUGGGUCUACACGUUCGAUGUGAUGCACGACGUGAAAGGACUUGCCGCUCUUUUUGGUAGCCGCCGGCCUUUCCGCGACAAGUUGGAUGCACACUUCCAGGGUGGCCACAAUGAUCAUACCAAUGAGCCCAGUCACCAUGUUCCUUAUUUCUACUCUACACUGGGUUAUCCUAACCAAGCGGCUGAGACAAUCAGAGAUAUUGCUUGGUCAAACUACAACGCGACCAGUGGGGGACUGGGCGGAAAUGAAGACUUAGGCCAGAUGAGUGCCUGGUAUGUCUUCUCUGCCUUGGGAUUCUAUCCUGUCAACCCCGCCAGUGAUCAGUAUAUCGUUGGCACGCCGUUCUUUGAGCAUGUCUCUAUCCGCCUUGCCAGCGGUGCGAGCACUGGGGGGGAUAUUGAAAAUGGUAGAGAGAAGACGCUUGAAAUUUGCGCUCCGGGCGCAGCCACAAAGCCUUAUGUUCGAAGCUUGAGGGUUGAUGGGAAAAGAAUCAACGCUCCGGUUUUGACGCACAGGCAGAUCGUUCAUGCGGCACGGAUUGAAUAUGAAAUGAGUGAGACUCCCACGUCCUGGGGCAAUCGACCCUUGUGGGAAUUACUUGCGUUGUGA